GUUUAUGAAAUAAGAUGGCGCGGACGCUGUUUGCAAGUCUUUUCCUCUUUCUCGUUCUUGGACUGGUAGCAGGCCAAGGAGACGACAAUGACGGUCCAGAUGCCGAAAGUCUGAGCCUUGAUCGCACAGCUACAAGGCGGUACGGAGAUGGUGAAGACCUGCUGCAUCUCCUGGGUCAGACUGGACAGCACAGGACCGCGAUGACGAAGCCGAAUGUCAUCCUGCUCCUCGCUGACGACAUGGGAGUCGGUGACCUCUCCGUCUAUGGUCAUCCGACCCAGGAGCCCGGCUUCAUCGACCAGAUGGCUAACCAGGGUCUGAGGUUCACCCAAGGAUACUCAGGAGACUCGGUUUGUACCCCAAGCAGGUCGGCGAUAGUUACAGGUCGUCAACCUAUUCGUACCGGUGUCUACGGCGAGGAGCGUAUCUUCCUACCAUGGACUACCACGGGGCUGCCGCUGUAUGAAGUGACGAUCGCUGAAGCGAUGAAGGGAGCCGGAUACACCACAGGGAUGGUGGGCAAGUGGCAUCUUGGAAUCAACGAAAACAGCAGUUCCGAUGGUGCACAUCUUCCCGCCAAUCGCGGCUUUGAUUUUGUAGGACAUAAUCUGCCUUUCGGCAACAGCUGGCGCUGUGAUGAUACUGGGCUUCACCAAGACUUCCCCGAUACUAACGCUUGUUUCCUGUACUACAACUCGACCUCGGUGGCCCAACCAUUCCAGCACAAGGGUCUCACCCAACUCCUUCGCGACGACACCGUCGGCUUCAUCGAAGACAACGUCAAUAAGCCAUUCUUCAUGUACGUCUCCUUCGCUCACAUGCACACCAGUCUCUUCUCCAGCGAUGAUUUCUCUUGCACUUCCCGCCGCGGUCGCUAUGGAGAUAACCUCCGUGAGAUGGACCAGGCAAUCGAGCAGAUCGUGACAACACUCGUCGACAACGACAUCGAUGACAACACAGUCAUCUUCUUCACCUCCGAUCACGGUCCGCAUCGCGAGUACUGCGGGGAGGGCGGUGACGCCAACGUCUUCAGAGGUGGCAAGGGGCAGUCAUGGGAAGGAGGGCACCGUAUCCCGUACAUCGUCUAUUGGCCGGGUACCAUUAGCCCUGGUGUCUCUCAUGAGAUCGUAACAUCGAUGGAUAUCAUCGCCACCGCAGUCAAUCUCGGCGGUUCAGAGCUACCAACAGAUCGUAUCUACGAUGGCAAGAGCCUCAAGAGUGUUCUCUUAGAGGGCGCUUCAUCUCCACACGAUGACUUCUUCUACUACUGCAAGGACACCCUGAUGGCCGUCCGAGUUGGGAAGUACAAGGCGCACUUCAAGACCCAGACGGAUAGCAGUCAAAUGAAGCUUGGCGAACGCUGCGACGGAGGAUUCCCACUGGAUGAUUACUUUCUGUGUAGCGAUUGCGAGGGUGACUGCGUGACAGAGCACAACCCCCCUAUUAUGUUCGACCUCGAAAAGGACCCUGGUGAAAACUAUCCUCUGGGACCUUGCGGAUACGAACAUGUUCUCCUGCAAGUCAAGGACGCCAUCGCAAGGCACGACGCGGAGAUGGUGAUAGGAACCCCUGUCCUGGAUAACUUCGAUUUCUCGAUUAUUCCUUGCUGCAACCCGGAAACCAACUGCGUCUGUAACUACACGCAUGAACCGGGUGUCGCCGAGUGUUACCAGGAUCUCAUCAACAUCGCCCUCCGUAACGGCGUGCCCAAGUAGUCGACCAAGAAUAACCAUACAACACGUAACUACGUUUCGAGCCGUGUUUGAAGUAUUUUUUAAAUAACUAUAUUUUACUUAUUCAACUAUAAUCAUAAUUGAACUUUCCACGACGAAUAAAGUUGAAAAUGCAUGUAUGUGUGAGUGAGGUUUUUCCAUUUCGAUCUAAAGGACUCCAUGCAAUUUCGUCAAGUUUCACCAUUUUAUUUCUUUCUCUCUCUCUAGUAACAUGGUUUGAUACUAUUACCCGAUAUUUAGCUUAUCUUCACCUUGGGAUCACAAUGUAUUAUCUUAAUCUAACUACAAUUAUUUCUUGUAAGAACGCUGUAGGUAUUAUUAUUUUUUUUUCCAGGUAACAUAUUUUUGCGAUCAUGAUGUCGUACACAUAGAUCGAGCUGUUUGUUAGGGUUUGUAAAAAAGAAAUUAUUCGUUUUCUUUUACUUUGAAACUUUCAUUUAUUCUCUUUGUAAUUUCAUUACAGAUACAAAUUUGUUUUCAUGAUUUAUAUUUGUUUUUCAUGAUUUAUAUUUGUUUUCUCUCAAUGUAAUCUUUAGCAAAACGUUGUAUGUGACAUUAAUUUUUUU